AUGCGAUAUUCUAGGGAGGUGCUUGAGCUUGGAUGGAUAUUCGUUAAGAUAUUGGGGGAGAGCGAAAUCGAACCUAUGAUGUCAAGUGCAGGGUACAAAAGCAGUGUCAAAACCGUUUGUGGUAGUGAUGGAGUGGAGGUGGUGGUGGUAGGGAUGGCGCUUGUGGAGGUGGUGGUGGUGACAACAUGGUGGUGGAGGUGGCAGCAUGGUGGUGGUGGAUGUGGAGGUUUUGAAGGAGGUGGUGGUGGAGGUGAAGGUGGAGUUGGUGGUGGUGGUUGUGGUGGAGGUGGAAGUGAAGGUGGAGUUGGUGGUAGUGGUGGUGGUGGUGGUGGUGGUGGAGUUGGUGGUGGUGGAGGAGGUGGUGGUGGUGGUGGUGGCGGUGGCGAUGACGGUGGUUGUGGAGGUAGUGAAUGUGGGGGUGUAAGUGGUGGAGUUGGAUGUGGAAGUGGAGGUGGUGUUAUUUUUUAA